GCUUUUGCAGAAGACGCUGUAAGCAGUUUGUGGUUGUACUCAGCCAGCACCAAUGUGAUGGUUGGUGCUGCAGCUUUCUCAGCCCUGGCCAAGUUUAACCCCGGAUGCUUUCAUGUCAGCCACUUGCCAAGAAAGGUGACAGAGGAGCUGUACUCUCAGGCACAGCUGGCAGCUAGUCAACAGCAGGCAGAGUCUGGAGCAAGUGGUGGCACUGUCAGUGUCGAUGUAGACCAGAUGUUUGCCCAGGUUCCUGGAUACUGCUACACGUUACUGUUAGAGCAGUUAACAGAUGUAGAGGUCAUUGCAGGUUUCCAAAAAUGCAUGCAUGCAAUGAUUGCUAAAGAAGUAGCAAAUCUCCCAAGAGGGGUGUAUUACUCUUCUUUGAGACGACAAGCUGUAGCAUCCAGCCAGGGAAAAGCAGUGGAAACUAUCCCCAGAUUUUUGCUGCAGCAGUACGAGAGAUGCAAGCAGCCUGGUCUACGUCCUGGGCUAGCAGCUGGCCAGCUGUUUACUUAUGAUCCCCCAGUGGAGGUUGGUAGAGAUGGACGGCCUAGGAAACAUUACAUUGUUCGACAUGGCAAAUCAUUUCUGCAGACAUUCACAACUUUGUUAAAUGAGGUCCCUGUUCAACCUUCAGAAUGGCAUCGAAGCACUAUUAUGCCUCAGUGCUGGAACUCUUUCAUGGAGAGGUUUUUUCUGUCUAUGUUGGAGAGUCGCAGAGCAGAACUGGAGCUUCAAGAAACACAUGAAAAUGCUGUUUCGGCAGCAAACACAGAGGACAAGAAAUCACAAGCAUGGCUCGUAGUUCGAGACUCGAUUGUAGAAGUCAUCAAAACAGCAUCACUAGGAACCCCAACAGCCCAAGCCAACUGUGUCCUAGCUCUGGCUGGGCUGGCCUUGUGUGUACACAGAUAUUCUGCUGAUCUUGGCUCAGAGAAAAUCGAAGCAGCCAGUCGCAGCUCAGAGCACAUGGGACAUGUUCAUUGGUUGACAGUAACAUCAGACACCAUCUUUUCUUUGAUUGAUGUUGAGUACAAGCCAAAGGGAGGACUCCAUGGACUUUGUCAGCAGAGAUCCACACUGGACCGUUCCCCUGCCAGCACUUUGUGUAGCGGCACUGCCAGGCUUGCUGCCAGCCAGCUAGUGCCUGUAUUCAUUGCCCUGGACACCGACAGAAUUCAGCACCUGCUAACUGUUUUUGCUGCAGCCCUGCCUAAGGGAAGCAAAGCUUUGGAGUCCCCUCUGCUGGCAUUUUGUAAUGGAAUGGCUUUAGGCAUGUUGCUGGGCAGGCUGUUUGAAGAUCACUACUCUGAGAUGACCGGUAGUAAG